AUGCCAGAGAUCAUACCGUCAAACACAUUUCUUACAACAAACAUGGUUGUGAAAAGUGAACAAGAACGAUACGUCGGCUCGAUGCUUCUGGAACCACGUAGUCUUUUCAUCAUGACCGACGACGCCUACACAACGAUGCUCCACGGAAUCACAGAAAGAGAGGACGAUCUUGUUGAACCUGGAAAAGUGUUCAAUUGCACUGAAGAAUUGGCGAACAAGAGAUUGGAAAGAGAUACUCGAAUCUCAAUUACGGUCAGAAAUGUGGAGAAAGUGUCGAAGCUCAGUGUGAUGGACAUGCUGAAAAAGUGA